AAGGGGAUGGGGUGUUAGGGAAGAGAAGCUGGUAGAUGCAUAUUUUAUCUUCAAGGUGUAGUAGACGUGCAGGAAUACACAGGUAAACUAGACAUUUCAUCUAGAGGAGGCAAACUAGGUAAAUUUCGGAAUAACAUUCAUUAAUGAGGAUGUCAACUGAGGGAUAUGGGAGAAAAGUAAAGGAAAAGCCAGAGUAGUAAUGGAAGAUAUGAAGAAAUCCUAGCCAUUUCGGUGACAAAUUAAUCAGAAAAAAAAAAAAAAUCCUGUCUGGCACCUCAGCUUUCCAAGGGAAAGUCAAAACCUUCCCUUGGCCCACUUUCAUUUCCCGCAUAUCUUAGGUUCUCUCUUCUCUCACAGUUCUCCAUCCUUCUCCUCCUCUUGCCCCAACUGGAAAUACUAGAGCUAGAUUUGGACCUAACAGAGUCAACAAGGAACAAUUAAUUUAGUGUCAUUAACUGAUCCCCUUUCCACCCAUGUGCCCAAAUCAUUCACUGCACGGGUGCCCACUUCGGGUGUGAUUAUGAAUGAGCAACCGACAACACUGCUUUCAGGAAUCUCUUGCAGCUGAGAGCAAACUCCAUCUCCCCCGGGUUGCCUAGGAUGGUACCAACCUGGUGAACUCCGCAAUCCAGGCUGCCUUCCGGAGGAGACAGGCAUAUUAAUACUGAUUGAAUCGCAGUGGGGGAGGUGUCUAUUUUUUUGGUUUGGGAAAGUGGUUUGCAGGAAAGCCUUUUUUUUUUUUUAAGUGUGUGUGUGUGUGUGUGUGUGUGUGUGUGUGUGUGUGUGUGUAUGUGUGUGUGUGUGUGUGCGCGUGUGUGUUUUGCCUGCCAGCGUCCACACUUCUAAAGGCAAGUCCAACCAGCGGCAGUUCCACUCCUUCAGGAGAUACCUGUUGGCCCAGGCUCGGAGCCAAGGUGCUACUGGGGAUUCCGGUGCGCGUGGGUCUGCGGCUGGCUCCCCUCGCUGAUUUUAGAUUCUGGUGCCUCGCUGGUGCUAGCACCGCAGCCGCUGCUGCCGCUUUUUCUUCGGCUCCCGCAGUCCCAGCUGCUUCUCCUGCGGGGUGGAGAACAGGUGCCUCACCUCGGGGCUCAGCGCCCCGAUUGUCCGACUCCCCGGAGCCUCAAGAACCUUCUCGGGGCUUAGACCUGGGCUCAGGGUUCAUGCUCCGCAAACAGGGAAGGCUUUUUUAUACAAUUGACUGACUUGUUGGGGGUAGUAGGGAGGCCAGCGAGACUGAGGGGGUGGGGAGCGGGGAGGGCUGCAAGGAAAGGGCGGAAGCCUCGGUGGACCCUUCACACCUGUCAGAUCCCAGGAAGCCCUGCCUACACUUUUUAUCGCGAAAGCUGAGCCCUGGUCUUGUCAAGCUAGGUGAACAGAGCUGCAGAGAAGAAACAGGGGGUGUGCACAGGCUUCCCACCCCUCCCCCCGCCCCAACGGAUUCACUUCCCCUGUUUUCCCCCACCCGGAUUAUCACCUCGCUACUUCUCUCCUUUUCUCUUGACACUCUGUUCAGGACUAUUCUGCCGCAUUUCUCGCACUCAGCUCCACCUACCUGGAAAGCACCGCUUCUUAGACCAUGGCACCUAAGCUGCUGGUGCUCUUGUGCCUCCUUUCUGGACUCCACGCACGGUCCAGAAAGAUUGAAGAUGAUGAAUAUGAAGAUCUAUCUUAUAACCAAAAGUGGGUCCUGGCUCCCAAAACUCAAGACACUGAUGUAACUCUUAUACUCAACAAGUUGCUAAGAGAAUAUGACAAAAAGCUGAGACCAGAUAUUGGAUUAAAACCAACAGUUAUUGAUGUUGACAUUUACGUUAACAGUAUUGGACCCGUAUCAUCAAUAAAUAUGGAAUACCAAAUUGACAUAUUUUUUGCUCAGACAUGGACAGACAGUCGCCUUCGAUUUAACAGCACAAUGAAAAUCCUGACUCUGAACAGCAAUAUGGUUGGGUUAAUCUGGAUUCCAGAUACCAUCUUCCGGAACUCAAAAACAGCAGAAGCUCACUGGAUUACCACACCCAACCAACUCCUUAGAAUAUGGAAUGAUGGGAAAAUCUUGUAUACUUUAAGGCUCACCAUCAAUGCGGAAUGCCAGCUGCAACUUCAUAACUUUCCAAUGGAUGAACAUUCGUGCCCACUGAUAUUCUCCAGCUAUGGCUACCCUAAGGAAGAAAUGGUUUAUAGAUGGAGGAAAAAUUCAGUAGAGGCUGCUGAUCAGAAAUCAUGGCGACUUUAUCAAUUUGACUUCAUGGGUCUCAGAAACACAACUGAAAUUGUCAAAACUUCUGCAGGUGAUUAUGUAGUCAUGACUAUUUACUUUGAUUUGAGCAGAAGAAUGGGCUACUUCACUAUUCAGACAUAUAUUCCCUGUAUCCUAACAGUCGUUUUAUCCUGGGUGUCCUUUUGGAUUAAAAAGGAUGCCACACCAGCAAGAACAGCCUUAGGGAUCACCACAGUAUUGACUAUGACAACCCUGAGUACCAUAGCAAGGAAGUCUUUACCGCGAGUGUCCUAUGUCACUGCCAUGGACCUGUUUGUGACUGUGUGCUUUUUAUUUGUCUUCGCGGCACUGAUGGAAUAUGCUACUCUUAACUACUAUUCAAGCUGCAGGAAACCAAACUGUGCCAAGAAGAAAAAGUCGUUAAUGCACCCAGAAACAACUGAAUGGGUCCAUGAAAGAAUACGCACACACACCCACAGCAACUAUUCUGUCCUGGAUAUGAGACCGCCUCCCACAGUGAUUCCUCUGAAUAAUUCCAUGUACUGGCAAGAAUUUGAGGAUACUUGUGUCUACGAGUGUCUGGAUGGCAAAGACUGCCAAAGCUUCUUCUGCUGCUACGAAGAGUGCAAAUCGGGCUCCUGGAGGAAAGGACGGAUUCACAUAGACAUAGCGGAACUGGACUCCUACUCGCGAGUCUUUUUCCCAACCUCUUUCCUGCUCUUUAACCUGGUUUACUGGGUUGGAUACCUCUAUCUUUAAAUACAACCAGUCCUAGUGAAGACUGAAGGAUUUUCCCAUUUUUUCUUUUCUUUUCAGCAAUGGCAAAUAUUCAGUAGCAAAGGAGGACCCUGGUCAGUUCAUCCCUAAUUAGAAAGAACUCAUUAUGUAGAAUCAUGAAAAGACCUCACCGAGGUCUUAUUAUGUGUGUGCCCAAGGGUCUUUGGGGUGGGGAAUACCUAGAUGCUUUUCAAUAUCCAAUUCUGCCUAAAUUUGGCUCAGUUUGGUGAUAUUAGAAAAUGGUUUUCAGAGAUUCGGCCAGCUGGUGAUUCACCUCAACAGAGAAAGCUCUAAGACCCGCAGGCAAAUAGAGUUAGAGUUUCCCCCAGAGUUUCCUUCUCUGUCUUUUCUCCUUGCAUCUUCACGCACUAGCUUCCACCAGUGCUAAGCCACAUUUCUGAGUUAGGAAUAUUUGAAAAGCUGGAGAGAUCAGCUCUAGCUACAGAAUGCAUUGCACUUUGACUUCAUCGUGAGUUACAGUGUGAUACAGGGCCAGGGUUUUCUCUUUACAACCAUUGCAAAAAUCCAAAGAUCUGUCUAGUAACUAUGAAACAUCAAGCAGGUGGCAAGGUUGGAAAAGGUGUGUGUGUGUGUGUGUGUGUGUGUGUGUGUGUGUGUGUGUGUGUGCGUGUGUGCCUGCCCUCUCACACAUCUGUCAGAGAUACUACUUUGAGAAAGAAAAAGUGGAAUUUUCAAACUCCUCCAUUUGUCGAAAUCAAAGAAGUAGACAAUCUGAAAUAUUUCUUAGAAUGCAUUUUAAAGGCAUUUUCUUUCCUCUUUUCAACUGGAAUAAGACCAGUUCAUCAAAGAGGUAAAGAGCAGGAUAUUGCAGCUUGUUGAGCCUCAUUGUAAUUGGCCUGUGCUUUUGCAUGGAGCAAAAGUCUGUCACUAUUUGAUAGUAAAAGGCACCUGAACAUUUCUUCAUCUUGCUAAAACACAAAAUAAGGUGCACACACGCACACACACACACACACACACAAAUCCUUUUCAAAUUUUACUUUACAGUGAGUGAGAAAUGUGGCUUCCAUCUUCAAAAUAUGCUCAAUCACUAAUGAAUUUAUUUUUAAAAUUAAAAUUAGCACAAAUUCAAAAGCAAAACAAAAACAAAGAAAGAUUCAUAGUUGGUAAGUAUCAAACAAGUAUAUUCUUUGGCUAAGAAAAAGUAUUUUAUACUUUUGAAAGAAAGUCAAGCAGCAACAUCCCAAAGAGAAUUCUAUAAUUUAUAACUAUUUUGUAAAAGAUAAACCCAACUUUAUUUUGGCAUUUUUCUCUGAAUCUUUGUUUUGACCAGAAUAUUUCUUGACACUUUUCAAGUGUACCUUUUUUAAAAGAAAGUCUUGUCAGUUGGUAAUGGUCUAAUAAAAAUGUUUAAAGAAAGCACCGUAGGGCUUCCCUGAUCACAUGAAAUGUGAAUUGAAAUCAGUACAAAAGCAUAAGCUAUUUUAAAAGAAAUUGAUGUAUUUUCCUACUGUAGAGACUUUUAGCAGUUUAAAUGGGCAGUGGAGGGAAGUCAAUAUCAACAGAAUAAAAA